GUGGGUUGGCAGCACUGCGAUGGGGCAAUCUUUCUUAACCUAAACGUCCUAACCUCACAAAUUUUUCUACUAUAAUCUAGUAUUUAUAAUAUUAGUGAUAAAGAAGAUACAACAUGAAAUUUACAGAAAAAUCUAAAAAGAAGAAGCAAAAGAAAAGGAAGGAUGCCCUUAUAUCCGAUAUUAUAAAAAGUAAAACUAAACAAUUACAAGUUCCAAAACUCCUAGUGACAACAAAGAGAAAUUUUGAGCAGGCUAAAACUCUUUUGAAGAAAAUAAAUGGUAGUGAAUGUGAUGGAGAGUUAAGUUUUUCAGAGGAACCUCUAAGGGAACUGUCACUUGCCGACAUCAUGGGUGCAAUAAAUGAAUUAACACGUGAACCUGAUAUGGCAACCAAGUCUAUAACUGACUGCUCAUCUCAUAUGGCUUCGGAUUCUGAAAUAUUUUGGACGUCCCCGAGGGUAAUAUUGAGAGCAAUAAAACAUUCAAUUUUGAGAAGAGACUGGGAUAGCAUAACUCAUUUACUACUACUUUUACUUCAGCAUAAAGACCAUUAUGUUCCAAUUGUUCAAAAGUUAUGUAUUUUCAUUUCAAAAUACAACCCAAUGAUUGAGAAAUUGGGACUGCUAGAAGAAUUCAAUCAAAUUUCAAGGAUGCCUGAAAAAGGAAGAUGAAUAAAGUACCCAGUUCAUUUGGAAAUGACAUAAUAUAUUAUUAUAAAUUUGAAAAAAUGGAUAAGGAAUCAGUUUUUCUUCAAGAGAAAAAUUAUGUCAAUAUAUUGAUUCAUAAGUAUAUUCAUUGAAAGUUCUACAGUAUUAAACAACCUGUAAAAGAUAUACAGGGUUGCCACUGGUCGAUAGUACCCUGGACUUUCACGAAAAAUAGAAGCUACGAUUUAAUUGAAAAUUUGGAUUCAUGGGUACAAACCAUUGCUCUAUCGAUUUGAAAUAUUUUCAGUGCUGUGUUUUCUUUUCAAUACAACUUAUGAUAGGUAUGCAGGUUAUUACAUUAAAAAAAACAUACUUUUUAUCAUGCCUUGUUGAAGCCUGUGAUUUCAAAUUACCCUGUAUGAUUAGAGACAUAUUUUACUACACUUAAAUGAUACACAGGAUAUUGGUAAUCUAUACUUUCAUAUAUUUCAGCUUUCUAGGAAGCCAAGUACCGAAAUGAUGAAUGUUUAAUUGAAGCUAUGUUUUGCACAAAAAAGGAUGUGAAUCAAUCAAUUACUUGAAAACCGCUAAAGAUAGGGAUGGAAGUUUAUAAAUAAAUAAUCAAGUGGCUACGGUAAAUUGAAAAAAGUAAUAAUAUACAGGGUGUUAUAUUUGAAAUAUCGAAGUUAUUAGUACUUUCUGAUAAUGAGCGUCAACACCACCGCGCUGAAAAUAUUUUAUAUUGAUGGAGCAAUGAUUUCUAGCCUAGUAUCCAAAUUAUCGAUAAAAUUGUGCAUUCCGUUCUUCGUAAAAGUUCAGGGUACCAUGGCUCGUGGCUCACCCACUAUUUGGGUUUAUUUUCUAAAAUGAUAUUUUUCUAGGACUACUACACUGAAUAGUUCAAAAUUCAAUGAAUUAAUCAUUGGAUCUAAGAAGAUUGUAUAUUGGCAAUACUCUCCUGUAUUGUAUUUAUUCAAUAAUAAUCAGCCUUUAUAAUAAUAA